GAAGGUCCAUUUACGCAACUCUUAAUGGUGUUUCGUCUCCUUCACGCGCAAGCAUUUCCAUUUAUUCGGUUCCUCCCAUGUGGAAUCGAAUCAAGUUGGUUGGAAGUAAGGGAUUUCUGGAAGUCUGUCCAGCCAUUGCUCACACAUCCGUCGGUUCAUUGCAGCGCUAGUCCACCACUCGCAGAUUCCAUCUUCGAAGCUGUACAAGCUCGGGUGAAUCCUCAACAGUAGGAGCAAGGUACGCGGCCAGGUUUAUUCCCAAGAAUUUGGCGGAACAAACUCCGGAAUCAUCAUGAACCGGGGCGACGAAGAUGCUUCUUCCGUCGCCCUGCCCUGCCCUUUCCCAUCCAGAAAAGUUCACCGAGAAGCAAGAGCGCUGGCGAACUGGCAGUCUGGCAGUCUGGCAAUCUGGCAACACUGACAAUCUCCUUCAGCUCCAAAAGCCUUGAACAGAAGCCGUAACGGAACCAUGACCUCCAUGAGAACCCGGAACGAAAUCAGUAGAAUAUACCACCGUCGGAUGAGAGCUCUCGCACUCGCACUCGCGCUCGCCCUCGGGACAUGCAAGCAGCGUGAAAUCUUUCUUUCUCUCUUUCUGCUGAUUGCUGUCUUGAAGAUGAAGAGAGUGAAGAUUCUUGAAAAAGGGGGUGCGACCGCGACCCGGCAACAGAGUCGACGAUCUUUGCCACACCAAAAGGACGUAGACAGCAUGGACGGCACCUACGGCUCGGGAAGAAUCACCAGCGAGGACUCCAUGACUUGCUACAGAUGCAGUAGAAGGGCAGGGCAGAGCAGAGCAGGGCAGGGCAGGGCAUGACAUGCCCCUACGUAGGGCGGGGCCGGAGCCCUGACAGAGAGCUCGGAGUGCCAGUGCCCACUGCCCCAACCAUUGGACCAAAACACUACGAACACAAAAGUACGUGUGCUCUACAUUUCCCCAUACACACACUUCCAUUGAAGAUGGAAGCGGACGAGGGCAAAAAUCUCCAGCCUUUCACAGGCUCCGUGUGGAUAGGUCCGAAGGUGGGGGAGGGGGGUACUCGUAAUUAAACCUCAGGUGCUGCAGGAGUAGGAGGGCGAGAUUGCGAGAAGAUAUUUGGCGAGAAGUGAAUCCAACGCAAACAUCAGAUAACAUGACAUAUCAGAUAACGCUAGUGAUUGCACCUAAAGCAUUGCGGCAAGAUUUCUAGAGAGUCCUUUCGAGGGAGGGAACGGGAUGUGAAAUCCGAGCCCCACACAGAGCUACACUUCUUACCCUCUCCCAUAUCCCCCAUGUCCCCCCUGAAGAAGACCAACGAGGAAAUGAAAAAAUGUCAUCACCAUGGCAUGGUUUUCCCCCCAAAAGUGCAGCCUAAAGAACGACCCCCGCCCCCGCCCCCC